CCCAGCCCUCUUUCAUCACCAGAAGCAUCUCUAGACGUUUCGUUCCAUUCUCUCUACUCUCUCUAAAGUACAACUUUCCGUUUUCUGAAAAUUUCGAUGGCGCCAAAGGCGGAGAAGAAACCAGCCGAGAAGAAGCCGGCGGAGGAGAAGAAAACCACCGUUGCUGAGAAGGCUCCGGCGGAGAAGAAGCCAAAGGCCGGGAAGAAACUGCCGAAGGAAGGCGGAGCCACCGCCGGUGACAAGAAGAAGAAGAGGACCAAGAAGAGCGUCGAGACCUACAAGAUAUACAUCUUCAAGGUGCUGAAGCAGGUCCACCCUGACAUUGGGAUCUCGAGCAAGGCCAUGGGGAUCAUGAACAGCUUCAUCAAUGACAUCUUCGAGAAGCUCGCUCAGGAGGCGUCUAGGCUCGCCAGGUACAACAAGAAGCCCACCAUUACGUCUCGGGAGAUUCAGACUGCUGUGAGGCUAGUGCUCCCUGGUGAAUUAGCCAAGCAUGCGGUGUCUGAGGGUACAAAGGCGGUGACUAAAUUUACCAGCUCUUGAAUCUUCAGGGGUUUCUAGGGUUUGUGGGGAUUUGGGGGUAAAAAGUUAGGUUUCUUGUUUUCUGUUUUCAUCUAGCUUUGUUACCUGGUUGUCUUAUCGUGGUUUUUGGGUUAGAUACUUCGGAUGUAAGUACUGAUGUUUGAUUAAGAAAUGAAACUACUUUAACCGUAUUGA